AUGGCCAUUACCAUUCUUCCUCCAGUUGUGGACGAUGUGGAUAUCCCCUCAGAUUCCGACGUCGAUUCAAUGUCCGUGGACUCGGACGGCGGCGUUGGAAUAGCUGCAGGAGGAAGUUCAAGACCGAGUAAACAGUCUGGCCCAGUAGGAGGAAUAGCAGGCAGUACAGGGAUUGUCACGCCCGGCGAGGUCGUGACCGACGAUCCCCAAUGGAUGAGAGGACAUGGCACCUACACGAACCCUCUAUCAACCUCUAUUAUCGCCACCGUUGCCGGAAACGUCCAAAAAACCAACAAAUUGCUUUCAGUCCAGCCUCUUCGAGCCCGUUAUACUCCGGAGAUCGGUGACCUUGUGGUUGGUCGCAUUGUCGAGGUUCAGUCGCGCCGGUGGAAGGUAGACGUCGCCGCUCCUCUCCUUGCACAACUUCCACUUUCCGCAAUCAACCUUCCAGGCGGUAUCCUGCGUCGACGAACGAGUGCGGAUGAGCUGCAGAUCCGAACUUUCUUCAGCGAGGGAGAUCUGCUGGUAGCCGAGGUUCAAAAUGUACAUUCGGAUGGCGCUGCCUCGCUACAUACACGGUCGCUGAAGUACGGCAAACUCCGGAACGGCGUCUUUCUCGCCGUGACCGGAACCGGUGGUAGCGGCGCGUCCAGCUCGAAUGUCAAGGGCGGCCUCGGCACCGGGUCUGCUGCGGCGGGCACCACGGGCGGAGUUGUUCGAUCUCGGAGGCAAGUAUGGACCAUCAGUACCGCCAACGGAGGUGGCGACGUGGAUGUCAUACUCGGAGUGAACGGGUUUAUUUGGAUCUCGAAGCACGCGGACGACUCGGCGGCUGCAUCUUCUACGACCGACAGCGUUUCCAUCACGCGCAUGGAGGAGAUGGUAUCGAGCUCUAUCUACUCCAGCCAGAACGACGAGAUCCCCCCGCAGACGCGCCGUGAAAUUGCACGACUGGCACAGUGUAUCCGUGUCCUGGUCCACGGAGGCGUCCGGGUGGACGAGGACACGGUGAUGGGAGCGUACGAGGCCAGUCUACAGGUGGACUUGGAGGUUGGGGAUGAUGACUACGACGAUGAUCACCGGGGAGAAGGUCGAGAGUACCUGGAGGGUAGUAAAUCGCGGAGGAUCUUGGAAUUGGCGUUGGAACGGAAAUGA